UCAUCAGAAGCGUGUCUUUGAGACGGUGAGAAAUGUUAAUCAAGUUGUCAAGCAGAGAUCCAUGACUCCAUCACCAAUGAAUAUCCCAGGCUCUAACCAGUCCUCUGCUAUGAACUCCGUCAUUUCUAGCUGUAUCAGCACUCCACGUUCCAGUUUCUAUGGGGGAGACAUCUCUAACAUUAUGAUAGACAACAAGACCAAUAGUAUCAUCCUAGAGACAGAAUCCUCUGAUAAUGGAAAUGAAGACAGGAUGAAGAAGCCUGGAACUCCAGGGACUCCAGGCUCCAGUGACCUAGAGACUGCUCUUCGUAGACUGUCCCUCAGGCGGGAGAAUUACCUCUCGGAGCGGAAGUUCUUUGAAGAAGAGCAGGAAAGGAAGUUGCGGGAACUGGCAGAAAAGGGUGAACUCCAUAGUGGUUCUGUUACCCCCACAGAGAGCAUCAUGUCACUGGGAACUCACUCAAGAUUUUCAGAGUUCACGGGAUAUUCAGGAAUGUCGAUCAGCAGUCGCUCCUACCUGCCAGAAAAGCUUCAGAUUGUGAAACCACUAGAAGGUUCUGCCACUUUGCACCACUGGCAGCAGCUGGCUCAGCCUCACCUGGGCGGGAUCCUGGACCCAAGGCCUGGGGUUGUCACUAAGGGCUUCAGGACCCUGGACCUGGACCUGGAUGAAGUAUACUGCCUUAAUGACUAUGAGGAAGAUGAGACAGGUGACAUUUCUUACAAGGGCCUAACUACCUCGACGCCAGUUCAGCACACAGAGACCUCAGUACCUCAUCCUGGGAAGUGCAUGUCACAAACCAACUCCACCUUCACCUUCACCACCUGCCGCAUUCUGCACCCUUCUGAUGAACUCACACGAGUCACACCAAGCCUUAACGCAGCACCUACUCCAGCUUGUGGCAGCAUUAGCAAUUUGAAAGGCACCCCAGUGGCUACUCCCUGUACUCCUCGGCGUCUGAGUCUGGCCGAAUCCUUCACUAACCUCCGGGAAUCCACUACAACGAUGAGCACGUCUCUGGGACUGGUGUGGCUGCUGAAGGAAAGGGGCAUCUCAGCAGCAGUGUACAAUCCGCAGAGCUGGGACAGAGCCAGCAAAGGCACCCUCCUGAACACGUACCCCCCUAAAAUGGCGAUCAUUCCUUCCACUCCACCGAACUCACCUAUGCAGACGCCACCUUCUUCCCCUCCAUCUUUUGAGUUCAAGUGCACCAGCCCACCUUAUGACAACUUCUUGGCGUCGAAGCCUGCUAGUUCAAUCUUGAAGGAGGUGAGGAAUAAAAAGAACAUCAGGAACAGUGAGAGUCAGACUGACGUGUCUGUUUCCAACCUUAAUCUUGUGGACAAAGUCAAGAGGUUUGGUAUCGCCAAAGUUGUGAGUUCAGGGCAAACGUCAGCUCCUCCUUUAACUGAUGACCAGGGACCUCUUCUCUGUGGGGCUCAAGGACCGGUGAGGGCCCUUGUUCCUGGAGGCCUGGCACCAGACGGUCUACCAUUGGGCUGCCCUGCUGUGACCAGUGCUAUCGGGGGCAUCCAGCUGAACACGGGCAUCCGAAGGAAUCGGAGCUUCCCCACCAUGGUGGGUUCCAGCAUGCAGAUGAAAGGCCCGACGUCUCUCACUUCGGGGAUCCUCAUGGGAACCAAGCUCCCGAAGCAAACUAGCUUACGAUGAAGGACUUUAUUUUUACAGCUAGUCUUUUUAAAUAAAAAUACUCAGAUUCUUUCUCCAAUCCUCUUUUCCUUUCCCCACUACCCCUCCAUUUGCCUCUUGAGUUUG